AUGCCUCCCACGUAUAAGGGAAGGAAAGCCAAUUCGGGCCCGAACGUGCCUGCCAUAGCUUCGCCGCCUGCCGAGCGCUUCUCAACUCACCAGCUGAAAGUCAUUGACGUUUGCCUCCGCCAGACCGGGUUCGACUUCCGAGGCUUUGCUUGCGGCCCCGUUGCUGAAGCCGAGUGGGAUGCCCUCAAGCUCCUUCACCUCGAUUUCGCACUUCCUACAGCCGAUCCUAGCUUGACCAUGACUGCUUCUCGUCUUGCUGCCAUCAUCCAUGCUGCUGCUCAGUGUCUCGAGAGCUCUGACUACACCACUCGUGAUGCGGCAUUCUGGAAGGAAGUGAAGAAGCUUCUGUCUGACGACAGCACCUUCCAAUCGGCUCCCAUCUUUGAUUUUGUCAAGUUCGACAACAUUCUCUACCGAUUCUACUCGGCUUGGGUAUCUUUCAGAGACAAGAACCCCGGCAUGUCUCGCACACUUAUCCAGGAGCCUUACACCACCAGUGCCGAGAGCAAGGCGGCCUCCUCCAAGGACGAACUCCUCGCGGCUACCGAUGAGUAUAUUCGACAGACAGUACGUGGCAAAAAGAACAGCAUCGCACUCGCCAGGCGUCACUUCAAGGCAGGAUAUCGUGCUCAUUUCAAAUCAGAAUUGGAGGAGACCUAUUCGGAAGCCUACGACAAGGGAAAGCGUGAGGGUGAGAGUGAGUACAAGAUCAAGCUCAAAGAGAUGAAAGCAAAGAUACGCAAGGAAGAGGCAGACUUGUUUGCACUCAACAGGGUGACAAUGGACCGAAAUCGCCAGGUGGGACAGGAGAACAAGUCCAUCACAAAGGAAGUUGAGGAGUUGCAAGCGGAGAACUCUGAGCUUCGCAGACUCAACAAAGAGCUCAGUGACCUAUGUGAGGCGUCGCAGCAACGGUUUGCGAUGAACAGAUCUGGAGGAAGCACUGAGAAGAGAUCAAAUGGCUUUGCUUUCGGUGAAGUGGUGGACUUGCUGGAUUAA